AAGUAACAGCUAGAACACAUUAGGAGAGGGAGCAAUAAUCACACAGAAGGGAAACUUAACAGGACAUGGGGAGAAACCAGACAGAGAUACUAAAGUAAAACACGAACACACCAAAACAAGACAUGACAGUUACAAAAGGAAGUGCUGUAAAAUGGACUUGACUUGACUUGAAUCUCAUGAGUCAGGCCACGCCCGGAUCUUGAUACGGCUUGGCAUUAUACAGUAUGUCAUUCCUCCACAGAGGCUCUUAAAGUGAAACGUGGUGAGAAGGGUUCUGCACCCCCACAAGAAACAGGUUCGUAAAUGGAGGAGAUGAAGAGGGACCACAGAGAAGAGGGUCCGGCAAGGAACCCCCAAGCUAUGACUUUCAGCUUUGGUUCCACACUGAGAUCAAACUAUGGUUUGAAAUCGUGGUGUCGGCAGAUGUUCUCCGAGGAGAUGGCGCUGUCCACCCCCAUGGGCCUUCUCCGGCGGUUCCUUCUGCUGAAACAAGUGACGGUACUUCUGUCUCCCCGUUGCGCCAUGCUGCCCCUGGUGGUGGGUUGUGUGAUCAGCAUGAAGGCCCUGUCGUUGCUGCGCUCGCCCCACAUCUCAACCAAGCCCUCCAGUGUCUUCCUGCGGCAGCUUGCCCUUGCCGGCCUCCUCCCCCUCCCCUACCUGGCACUGCGGCUAGCGCUGACCACCCUCGACCUCGCCGUGAUGGAGGCUGCUGCACCGGGAGGAGUGGCCCCGGAGACAGCAGGAAGGUGGGUGUGGUGGUGGCGGAGCUGUGCGGUGCCGUGCGUGUUGGCUGAGAAGCUCCUGGAUGCCCACCUGCUGGCCUCGCUCAUCCUGUUGGGGCUUCUGGGGCUAGAGGGGGUGCUGGUGUCCCGUUGGCCCCUCCAGACGCGUGGGCUCAGGACAGCCCGGUAUGCCCAGCUCAGCUGUGGCCUGGUGUGGGUUGUGGUGUUGCUGGAACUACUGCUCCCGGAGGUGGAUUUCAGGUGGACGGUUGGGGUGAUGCCGGUCACCCGGACAGACGAUGUGAGCGUGAGCUAUGGGCUCGCUCUGCCAAACUCCUCCCUCUAUCUGAGGAAGGCUCUUUGGGUGGUGAAUGUAUGGUUUCACUAUUUUGUCAUCUAUUGCAGACCACAAAAGAGAGACGGCUGCUUCCACUAG